AUGCGGUUCAGUCUCAGCUUCGGCAGCAGCAGCACAUGCUCCUCGCCGUCGCCGUCGUCGCUCCCACCACCACCAGCACCGCCUCCAACGCCCAACGAUGGCCUCUUGGACAUCACCCCUCGCAAAUCCUCCUUCUCUGGCGCCAUGGGCAUGAGCUCCGCCUGCGCUUUCCCUUCAUGGCCCAACCGUCCUUCGCUCUGGGACAACAGCCCAUCCGCAGAGUCGACCGCGAGCUCGUACCUGUCUGACGAAGACCUGUUUAUCGACUCGUCGGCUUCUUCUGCGACCGCUCCAUCUGAAAGCGCCAUCGAUGAGGAUGACCAGCAACCGCCUGUGAUGAUCGACACGCUUGUCGACAACACCACGGCCGGCGAUAUGACUACCGAAGAACAGGUGCAGCUCAUGCGCGCCGCCGCCGAAGAGAACGAGCAGCGUAUGCGGUUUCUCGCCCAUGUGCACGCGCAUGCCCGCGCCCAGCAGGCCUUCAAGGUCGCGCAGUUGGCUGCUGCUGAGCGCGAGAACGCAAAGCGCAAGAAGAAGCGUUCUGGUUCUGACAAGAAGCGCCGGUCGCCGUCCUCGGGCUCCAAGUCUAGCACUCGUCUAUGA